AUGCCUCAAGGUUUAAAAGACGUUGUGGAGGAGUGGACAUGUCUGGAUGAAGAGUAUCAGGAACUUAAGGAGACGCAUAGAAUGUACUUACAGAAACUGGAUGAAAUUUCCAAACUACAAAACAACUGCUCUUCCUCAAUUUCCAGUCAUCGCAGAAGGCUGAAGGAGGUGUCCUCCCUAGUGAAAAGAUGCAGCAAAGGAGCAUCCGAAGAAGAUGCUAAGACCUUGGAUGAAAUAAAUGAGAAGAUAAAGAUGCGGCCCAAUACUUUCUGUGAAAUGGAAUCUUUCCUUCCCAAGAAAAACGGGUUGUACCUCAGUCUGGUUCUUGGAAAUGUGAACGUCACUCUUUUCAGCAAGCAGUCAAAAUUUGCCUACAAAGAUGAAUACGAGAAGUUCAAGCUGUACCUUACAGUCAUCCUGCUGCUGUUCUCCUUCGUAUGCUAUGUCUUUAUGAGCUACAGAUUUCUUGAUGCAAUGCUCAAUUUCCUGCUGGUGUGGUACUACUGUACAUUAACCAUCAGGGAAAGUAUCCUCACCACCAACGGCUCCAGAAUCAAAGGCUGGUGGGUUUGUCAUCACUACAUCUCAGCUUUUUUGUCAGGUGUAAUGCUAACAUGGCCAGAUGGGAACUUGUACAAGAUAUUCAGGAACCAGUUUCUUGCCUACUCCUUGUAUCAAAGUUUUGUUCAGUGUCUGCAGUGUUAUUAUCAGAGUGGAUGUCUGUACAGGCUACGAGCCCUGGGAGAAAGACACAACAUGGAUCUGACCGUGGAGGGAUUUCAGUCGUGGAUGUGGAAAGGACUGACGUUUCUGUUGCCUUUCCUGUUUUUCGGUCAUUUCUGGCAGCUCUUCAAUAGCCUGUCUCUCUUCAGGAUGGCUCAGCUCCCUGACUGUAGAGAAUGGCAGGUCAUGAUGUGUGGUCUCUGCUUCCUUAUCCUGUUCAUGGGAAACUUCUUCACCACUGUUGCUGUGGUCCGUCACAAGGUCAAUAGCAGGAAUCAGAAACCUAAGAGUCUGUGAUACAUACUUUAAUCAAAUAAAAAAACAGCAUGUCUACAAUAUGUUGUCCCACAUGCUCCUCUCCAAAUUAAAAGC